UGUCCAAUGCACAGUUCAACCCUAUUCUUCAACCUACCUAACACAGCCAAUCAUGGCCUCCCUGUUCACAGUUCUAGCAGUUGCUAGCGUUCUGGCGAUCACCAGUCAGGCACUUCCGAGCCGUCCACAUCAUUUGCGUUCGUGGUCUAACCCCUUCCUGCGUUCAUCGGGUCGUAUCGUCGGCGGUUACGAAGUGGACAUUGCUGACGUUCCGUUCCAAAUAUCGUUACAGCAUGGUUUUGGACAUUUCUGCGGAGGAUCCAUCAUCAGCCCCAAAUGGGUGCUGACGGCUGCGCAUUGCGCCGCUACUAGCGAAGAUCCACAGAUGAACAUACGCGUAGGAUCUACUCUGCAUACCCAAGGUGGUCAGUUAGUAGCAGUCAAACGUGUCGUUCAACACCCGGAGUUCGACUUCGCGACUAUUGAUUACGAUUUUGCGCUGUUGGAACUGGAUGAGGAAUUGCAACUGGAUGACGGUUUCUACGCUGUCGAGUUGCCGGAACAGGACGAGUCGGUCGAGGAUGGAUCGUGCCUACAGGUUUCCGGAUGGGGUAACACCCAGAGCGCUACGGAGUCCGGUGUGGAACUGAGAGCCGCCUAUGUUCCCGCAGUCAACCAGGAAAAGUGCGUAGAGGCUUACAGUUCGUUUGGACUAGUGACCCCAAGGAUGUUGUGCGCUGGUUUUGACAAGGGAGGCAAGGACGCUUGCCAGGGAGAUUCCGGUGGCCCGUUGGUUGAGGGAUCCAAGCUGGUCGGUGUGGUUUCCUGGGGUAAGGGUUGUGCCGAGGAAGGAUAUCCAGGAGUGUACUCUCGCGUGGCAGCCGUCCGCGAAUGGAUCAAGGAAACCAGUGGAGUGUAGGCUAUGGUUGAUGUGGUUUAAAACAGUGUUUUAUAAUAAAACAGAUGAAUACAAAAUAUAUGACUCACCAUUCAAAACAUUA